AAGUCUCCGCAGACCAGAACAAAGCCAAACCUCUAUGGGGUAUAUUGUGCCAAACGCUGAUGCAGCCAGAGAUGCAGACUUUGACUUGGUGCCAAGAAGCCCUUCCUGACUGGAGUUUCCAACAGUGGGACAGACCACCUGGGAUGCAGUGGGCUCGAGGUCCCUGGAGGUUUCAGCUCAGCAGUCACCUCCUCGAGGAGAUCUUCACUGACCACCUGGCAUGAAGCCCCCACCUGCACCCUCUCUCUCACCUCGCGAGUUUGACUUCCUUCACCGUGCUCACCGCUGUCCUCCAGCAGACCCUUUUUGAGCACCAUGCUGAAGGCAGUGGGGCUGGCCUUGAGGCCACGGAGCACGGCUGCACUCCACCUUGUGACACAGCUGUGGGACUUGGCUGUGAGGUGGAGCAGUGGGAUUCCGAUGAGCCCAUCCCCAGCAAGGACCUGGAACGGGGCGUGGCUGGGGCCCAUGGCCUGCUCUGCCUCCUCUCUGACCGCAUAGACAAGAAGCUCCUGGACGCCGCAGGAGCCAAUCUCAAAGUCAUCAGCACAAUGUCCGUGGGUGUCGACCACUUGGCUUUGGAUGAAAUCAAGAAGCGUGGGAUCCGUGUGGGCUACACCCCAGAUGUCCUGACAGAUGCCACGGCCGAACUCGCCGUCUCCCUGCUGCUCACCACCUGUCGCCGGUUGCCUGAGGCCAUCGAGGAGGUGAAGAACGGCGGCUGGACCUCGUGGAAGCCCCUGUGGAUGUGUGGCUACGGCCUCACACAGAGCACCGUUGGCAUCAUCGGGCUGGGGCGCAUAGGCCAGGCCAUUGCUCGGUGUCUGAAACCAUUCGGUGUCCAGAGAUUGCUUUACACAGGGCGCCAGCCCAGGCCUCAGGAAGCAGAGGAAUUCCAGGCAGAGUUUGUGUCCACCCAGCAGCUGGCCGCUGAGUCCGAUUUCAUCGUCGUGGCCUGCUCCUUAACACCUGCAACCAGGGGGCUCUGCAACAAGGACUUCUUCCAGCAGAUGAAGAAAACGGCCGUGUUUGUCAACAUCAGCAGGGGAGAAGUGGUGGACCAGGACGACCUGUACCAGGCCCUGGCCAGUGGUCAGAUUGCAGCUGCUGGACUGGAUGUGACAACCCCAGAACCACUGCCUACAAACCACCCUCUCCUGACCCUGAAAAACUGCGGUAAAUGCCCUUUUCUAAUCACCUCAGUCCUCCUAAGGCCAGGCCACCAGCACUGCCAAAGCCCUGCUCCUGCUGAAGGACCUGGGCUCCAGUUCUUCCCCGCAGCUGAGCCAUACUGGAGAGUGGAGUCUUCACCCUGGGAGGCACGUAAGGGAGCGGCAGAAAGCGCAAGAUUUGGCAGGCCCACUAGGAGUAAAACUGCGGUGAGAACAACACAUCACCUUUGUCCACAGCUCAGAGACAAAGCUCAGGGAAAGCACGAGGGACUGAUGACCAAUAAUUGUUAUUAACCACAGCAUGAGAGAAUUUUCUAGGAAGUUUGGUUUUAAAAAAAAGUACUGGUCACAGCAGGGUUAGCAGAGAAAGCAAUACUACUUCAUUUUUUUAUUUCAACCUUAAAAACCUAAGGCGAAGAAAAAGAACACAUAAUUAGUUAAGAGGCAUGAAUACGACAAAUUUUUUAUUUCAAAGUCUCAAAUUUUGACCAGCAUAGCACCACUGACACAGGUGCCCUGAUAGAACCUUAUGAUUUGGUCACCAGAAAUGAUUAUGCCAAGCUAUAAUUAAGGCUAACCAAUCAAAUCCAGGUACCCAAUACCAGUUAAAAUUCAGGUAGAAACUACCAAUUUGUGGGAACCCUGGGACUGGUUUUCCAGGGAACCUCUGAAUUAUUUUUUAAGUGCUACAGCAUGUACGAGGACCUGGCUCACAGGCUGGCUUCUCACAUGUAGGAACUGAUUGACUAAGAGGUAGAUGAGAGAUUCCAGAUUCCACUUAGCAGUGGAGAGGCAGGGCUCCAGCCGCUGUGUCAGAGAUAGGCCCCAAAGCAAGUCCACUUAAGCUGGAGCUCAGGUGAGGGGGCGGCUUCCUGGCACCUCCUCCUCAAGGUGGAAUGGGAGGAGGGCUGCCACUGCUCUCCGGGUGCCACCGAUUCCUCUUCCCAAGCCAGGCAGGGCCUCUCUCGUUCUCCACGCUGACCCACCUGCCUCCCAGGGUUAAUCUCACGAGUCACUGGUCCCCACAGAGGGGUGGAUGUGGAGCCUCCUCACAUCAAGUCAGAGCAUGACUGCUAACAAUUCGCCACACACAGCUGAACCUCACAGGUGAUCCCACAGCCUCCAGCCGUCUCCCCCACAUCUGAAAGGAGAGGAAUCAGAGGUUUCCCUUUUGGUUUUCCUCCCUGGGAAUCAGUUCAUAGGAGAUGCUAAGCAACGAACAUUGUAAGUUUAUCCACAGACAGAUGUGUAACUGCGUACGCUAGAUUAAGUGGAGAAAACACUCGCUGAUUACCUUUCUUUCUAAACAAAGGUAAGAACUGAAGGAUUUCACUCAAUUAUGCACAAUGGCUUGUGUCUAAAAAAGCUGUAUAAAAAAUGAACUCAUGUUCAUGCAUGAAUUAAACUGACUUCAUGAGCUC